ACUUGUCAUGUAUGUAUUUCUUUAUAAUGUUCUAUCCUUUAUUUUUUAAAAUUUUUACUGAACUGCCAUAGUCGGCUUUACUAUCGACCACGGAACACAUUGGGUGUGCUUUUGUUUCAACCAGGUCGUCCUUCAGUGGUAUGCGGUUGUGUGGUGUCCACGUGGGUAUAUUACGCAUGAAACCAAAACAUCCCUUUAGCAGUGAAUUAUAUAUGAUUUUCUAAAGCGAAGUGAGGCUUUAUUAUAAUAAUUUAAACAAAACCGAAAGCUAAUAAUGGUGGGCAAGAUUAAGCGAGUCCGCCAGAAGCUUCAUCAUGAGGCAGUGAAGCUGACGCAGGAGACAGGAGAAAGAUCAUGUAAUUCCGGCCGUGAGUCUGUAAAGUUCCCUGAGCCUGGAGGAUUGCUGAUUUUAAAACCGCCAACCGUAAAUACAUACACUUUGAAGCAUGUUGAUACUGAGGAAAAAAUUAAGAAGUUGAGUGGGGAAGACCCGGUUAAGUGCUGGAAUGUUCUGUCAUCUUCCAUCUUUGCUGAAACCAAGAUCAGUCCCGCAGCUCUUGUCCAGUCAUUGGAUGUAGAUGCUGCUCGGAGCCCUGUUCCCAUUCAGAAAGGAGAUGAAGAUGCUACUGGUGCUUCUUCAGCCAGGCCUGCUCCAGAGAGGCGGAGGAAGCCAAAGUUUAGAGCAAGCGCAAAUGACGUUCUUAUUACUGAGGUCUUAAGAAAUCAAAGGCAUUUAUUUGGAAAUGCCAGUAAACCAUGCUCUACCAGGAAAGCCAUUUGGCAGGAGAUCACUGCCAAGAUCAAGAGACUGGGGGUGUGGCCAAGGGAUAGACUGGAGGUGCAGAAGCGAUGGUUUGAUAUCCGUGCCAAUGUCAGGAAGAAGGCAAAUGCCCUUCACCACGAUUCCUCGACUCCUGACGAAUCUUCAUCGCCAGAUCCAUUGACUCCCAGGGACCAGAGGAUUCUUGCACCCUUUAAUCUGCGUGUCUUCAGAGGAUUCCCCAUAGCCUAUUAUGCUGUACAUGGAGUUGAUAGUGUAACAAAACAAGACUCUGACAAUGAGGAUGACGACGAGAAUAAUGAACCGCAGGAGCCUGGCAGAAUAAUAACUGUGUCUGAGGAGGAAGGCCAACUACCACAGCCUAUGGAGGAAGAGAUUCAGGAUCUAGUUGGAGGGAUUAGUGUGCCAAAGGAAGAAAAGGGACUAUAGCCACCACCUUCAUCAAGUGCCUCUUGUACACCUCCAGCCAUUGAGUGUCCCAGAGGGCCUCCUACUUGUCCUCUAGCUGCCCCCCAUCCAAACGCUGCCAGCUCUGUGCCCCAACACCAGCCCUCGUCUUUAAGGUGGGGGAUGCCUCGAAUGCCCAGGGGACAGUCGAUUGAAGAUGUUCACAGCAACGUGGGACGCCUCCUGCAGCUCCAGCAAGAGACAAAUGCUAUCAUGGGCCGGGUGGAGACACACUUGGCUGACAUGGCUAGCAGUUUAAGGUUGAUGGUUCAGACCUUUCUGCAGGUCAGUGCUUGCACUUCAAUGGGUCCACAGGUCCCCAGUUCAGAGAUGUGGUCACCACCACCAGAGUUCAACCCUGCUCCAUGCUCUUCCACCUCAUGUUCGCCAGGCCUCUAUCUGUCCCCCCGAAGCUGGCCUUUCUUUACCUCUUGGAAUCUCAACGUUUGCACCCUCUUCAGGCUCUUCUAAAGAGUGUCCAACCAACAUUAUGAAAUAAGAAAAUACCUUGAAAUUAAUUAAUUUGGCUUUUGACUGCUCCAAAAAUAGAUCAUUCCUUCUGUGCACUUUUACAUUGCUCUAUUAAAAUAUAUUUAUAUAAGAGAAAACACUCUGGUACAGUGACAAAGAUUUGGAUGGGAAAACCGGUUUUCUGUGAUGGUUUAUAAAGUACUCGACCUAACGGUCUCGUUGUUUAUGACGUCACAUAAACCCUAGAAGGAAUUAUUAUCCUGUAACUCUGUGAAGCCCAUCUAUUAUUCUCAUUCAUUUUCUCUCUCAUGCGUUUUUUACAUAUGAACAAAAAAACUAAAC